AUGUUCAACUCAGCCCGCACAUUGAACAAAAUUGAGAAGCUGCGUGGUCCGUCGGUCGACUCGUACGACAAACUGAUCGCUUGGUUGGCGGAGAUGGCCGAAAACGACAAUGUGGAACUGGACACGUCGAACUUCGUCCGGCAGCUGAGUAAAGUGUGCAGCGACUCCAAGCACGGCGCUCGGGACCAGCCAAUCAGACAGAACUCGACCUCGUGCGAAUCUCACGCCAGUUCCGGCUCCCAGAGGUACACGAAGUCUUCUCGCUCGGCAGACGACAACCACAGCCUUGACCCGAGGUCGAUAUUUCGUCACGGGAAGACCAGCCGACAGGGCACGUUCAGCGACGACGUGGACGAAGAGCAAGACGACCUGAAGAACGCCUCGAUGGAGAGCCUGUACAGCGACUCGGACAGAGACUUUGAGUUCGAGACUGCAUCGGUGUACGACGCGAAGAACGGCAACACCGCCGGCUUCAAAGCCUUUCUCAGCAAACCCAAACAGUUCGCGUGCAGCUCCAGUCUAGGGGAGUUAGACCGCAUUGAAAACUCGCCGAUUGAAAACCAGGCCCUCUUGAAUUCGAGAAGGAAGAGUGUCAGCCUGCUGAAUCUCUGUCCUCCCGAUAAAGCUGCACGCGGGAACGGUUACGAGUACGUGGACAAUCAGCCCGAGGAGGACCGGGAAUUCCCGACGCCGGAUAACGGAAGCAGUUUUCUUAACGACAAGCUGCUCGACGGAAAUAUUGCAGACAUCUUGUUUUCCGUGGAAGCCCUGUGGGGGAAGUGAACGUCUAAUUAAGACACUCUGGCUUCACUUUGAAAAGGCGUCAUUUGCCUUAAUUGUUCUCGGUGGAUUGGUGGGAAGGGUCGCGGGCGAUGUGUUCAGCUAAUUGGCAGACGACAAAAGAUCUUUUGAUGUCGUUGUACCCACAAGUCUACUGAUUCUUUGUCUGGUCCAUUCUUUGUUGAAGCGUCCCUUUGGACUCACUCUUGAGCAGAUAUGAUUGUGGAAAUAUAUUUGACUUGAGACAGAUGGAACUGAAGUGAAAAUAGUCGAGUUUUGAAAGUUGUUUUACAACUGAAACUGAAGUGAAAGUAGUCAACGUUUGGAAGAUGUUUUUGAGCUGGAACAGGAGUGACAAUAUUUAAUUUUUGGAGGUUGUGUUUUGUUGUUGUUUUUUAAAUUGGAACUGCAUGAAAAUAGUAACGUUUUGGAAGUUGUUUUUAAACAGGUUUUUCGAGGGAAAAAAGAAGAACAUGAUCAACAACGAACGAUAUACAUGUAUAUUCUUGAAGGGUUUCGCAAAAACUGCACGUGUCCCACGAACAUUUGAUGACUUGGUUAUUAACACACUUUGGACCAAAUAAUAAUUGUGUGUGUAAAUAUAAACCCGCUGUUGAUAUCGUGUUUUGUAUGCACGUGUGAGUAACUAACAACGAGUUUGCUAGACAUAACGUGUCUCUUAUCUCAUAUUAUCUGUUCGAUUGUGUGUGUAUUUUACACAAGAACAGAUGCUUAUACUGGUCCACAUUCGACCGUUAAUCCAUAUUAAAUACCUGUCUAUUUUCAUAUCUGAUCACAAUGAUGGUGACUUGUUUAAUAAAUGAAAGUUCUAUUGUC